AUGUCUCGCUUUCAACGUGCUUUGAUCUGCGGCCUGCUGUUGCAACCAGUAGUUGAAUCUCAAAUCUUUCUUGGAGCACCUCAGGUUGAGGCUCCCGGAAAUUUCUCCACAGCUUGCAAUGCUACUUUCAACGAGAACAUCGCAUGUAACAAAACGCUGUAUGAGGUCGCACUGGGACAAUUAUUUCCCACAGUCGAUGAUCUUUCUAGCAUUUGCACUGACACCUGUCUGGGAUCUCUUGAGACUUUGCGAGCUCAGCAACUGUUAGAUUGCAGCAGUUCCGAUUUAGCGGUCAACGCCGGAGAGACAUAUCCUCCAGCUCUCACUACUGAUAUUCUCUUAUUCACAUACAAUUACACAUGUAUACAGGAUCCAACCACAAGUGGAUACUGCUAUCCGGACUUUUUCGCAUGGAAUAAUGACACUGAAAGCACAACCUCCACUGAGGUCUGCUCAAAUUGUAAUCUUCUUAUUCAGCAGAGCCAGCUAGAUUCGCCACUUGGAUGGGAUGAUGAUUCCGCUAGCAUGUAUUCAUCACUAACGUCUUCCUGCGGAGUGACGAAAUAUCCAGUCGCAUCCCCAAGUCCAUAUUCUUUGGAUGUCACAGCUACUGUCUCAUCGACUGCAAAUCCUUCGACUACCACAGCCGCAUAUGCAUGUAUAUCAAUGUACACGAUUCAAGAAGAUGACACUUUAUCAACUGCUGCUUCGACAGGAAGUGCAAGCGCCACAACGCCCAUAGCAUCAGUUCCGACAAACCUAGCACCAAAUACAACGACAGAAUGCGCAGAAUAUUAUCUAGUGCUAGAUGGGGACGACUGCGCAAGUAUAUCGAUUGUCAAGGGUAUCUCCUUGACAGACUUUUACUUCCUGAAUCCCAUGGUAAACAGUACAUGUGGAAAUCUCUGGACUGACACUUACUACUGUGUCGAGGCCGUAGGAAAUAUCGCGACGUAUCUCGGAUAUGGGGGGAUGUCAACAACGAAGAAUCCAUGUUCACAACUGGAUGCCCCUGCCAGCUGUUUUGUCACCACAUACCCUACCACUACGCCAUUUACUUGGCCAGCAGUGGGCACAAUGACUACGACUGCUUUGUUGACUAAUUUUACAUCCCUCGCCGACCUUCCACUUGCACCCGGGACUUCAGCAUCCUGUUCACAGUAUGCAGAGUACUAUCAGAGCAAGUCUGAUAUCAACUCAUGUGGGGCCAUUGCCCAUUUCUAUGAUAUUGGAAUAUCAGAUGUCGUCGCAUGGAAUCCAUCCCUCAUGUAUGAUGCAAACAACACAACUUCAUGCGUGUUUCUUCCCGGCUAUCGUUACUGCGUCGCAGGAACCACUACAGGGUCAGAUGGCACUUCCAGCAUCUCAAUCAAUGGUCUGUGCGGUGCCGAUAAUACAAACUAUACAUGCGAAGGUAGUGUAUUUGGAGAUUGCUGCUCGGAAUGUGGAAACUGUGGUUCGACGAGCGACUUCUGUGGCGUGGGGUGUCAGUCGCUAUUCGGCAGCUGCACAGUAGCGUCUGCGACAUCUUAA